AUGAGGACAGUAACGAAAUUGUUACUGUUUGUUUUCAUGCGAGGAGCACUCACAGAUUCGCCUACAAUCGGCGGUAUUUUCUACCACGAUGACUAUGAUGCAAAGAUGGCUUUACAAGUGAGUGCAGAAAGGUUCGAUUUUAAAAAUACAAUAAUAGAAGUAUCCAGACGUGGUGCUAUUCUGGAGAUAAGUGAACACGUGUGUAAAAUUGCACAGGAAGGUGUAAUAGGUUUCAUAGACGGCACAGGCGGUCGUGCCACAGACCACGUCCAAGCAAUAUGCGACGUACUAGAAUUACCCCUCAUUGUGAUACAACAUAACGACCUUUACAGCAGAAACUGGUCUUUAAUCAAUUUAUACCCAAGCCCCAUUUCCUUCAACAUGGUUCUAGAAAAAUUAGUCACGGCGAAGAACUGGAACAACUUCACGAUACUGUACGAGAGAGGUCACAGCAUAGUGAAGGUGCAAGAUCUACUGAAACUCAGCAAUCCCAUUGAGCAUGAUUCGGUAUCAGUUAGGGAGCUUAGCGGCGACAACUAUCGGGAAGUUUUAAUAAACGCAAAACACAGUGGCUACACAAACUUCGUAGUUGAUUGUUCUUCAGAUAAACUCGAGCAAGUCCUUCGCCAAGCCCAGCAGGUUGGUCUAAUGGCAGACGAACAUUCAUACAUAUUCCUAUCCCCUGAUCUUUUCGCUCUAGACUUGAGUAGGUAUAGAUAUGGUGGGGUUAAUAUGACCGGUUUCCGUUUAAUAGAUUUAAAAAAUGAGCAGCUAUGGAAUUUCACGGCUCAGUAUAAUGAAUUCACCGGUUACACAAUUGAGUCUGAAAAUAUUAAAACGAAUGCCGUACUAAUACAUGAUGCUGUGCUGGUAUUCGCUAACGCUUGGUCCAAGAUUAAUUAUCUGAGACAGAAUGAAGUCCAGAAUCCUAUGAUGGCGGCGAGUUUGAAUUGUGAUACGCAUGAUUCGUGGAUCUAUGGAUCAACUUUGAUGGAUUUUAUGAAAACUGAUAAAGUGAAUGGUCUGUCAAGAUCCUUAAUCUUCGACGGUUUUGGACAGCGAAAUAAUGUCAAUUUCGAUAUUUUGGAAUUGACGCCAGCCGGAAAUCAGACGAUAGGACACUGGAUAAAUAAUCAAUUCAUUAUCUCUCGACCAAUAGUUCCUAACGCGAUAGAGAUAGCAGAAGAAACAAUAAUGAGAAACAAAACGUUUAAAGUAUUGAUUUCUACAACACCGCCAUAUGGAUAUAUGAAAGAAUCAAUAACCAAGCUUGAAGGCAAUGAUCGUUAUGAAGGCUUCACCAUUGACCUGAUAGAUAGGAUAGCAGAUAUAUUGGGUUUCAACUAUGAAUUUGAAGUUGAGGGCGAUUACGGAAGCUACAGUACAGAUACAAAGAAAUGGAGUGGAAUGGUGCUUAAGCUAAGGGAAGACAAAGCGGACUUCGCGAUUUGUGAUUUUACGAUGACAGCGGAGAGGCAAAACGGAAUAGAUUUCUCAAUUCCUUUCAUGUCGCUUGGCAUCGGGAUAUUAUACAAGGAGCCAAGUAAACAACCUCCCGAAAUGUUCUCAUUUAUGGCUGUCUUCUCUAAAGAGGUUUGGUACAACAUGGUCUUAGUCCAGUCAGCAUUAGGUGUGAUCAUGAUAUUCGUGGGUAGAAUCUCCCAGAAGGAAUGGCAAAAUCCUGUACCAUGCGAGGAGCAGCCAGAGGAAUUGAGCAACCAGUUCAGUCUUGCUAACUCCGUUUGGCUCAUCAUUGGAUCAGUUAUGCAGCAAGGAUCGGAAAUUGCACCCAUUGCUCUAGCUCCCAGAAUUAUUACAAGUGUGUGGUGGUUCUUCACGAUGGUGAUAGUAGCAUCGUAUGUUGGAACUCUGGUCGCCUUCCUUACAGUAGAAAAAAACGUAUUGCCUUUCCAAACGUUAGAAGAACUUUACAAUCAUAAGUCCAUUGCGUAUGGUUGUAAAAGCAAAGGAUCCACUAAACAGUUUUUUAAGGAGUCAACAAAUCCAAUUCACCAGAAAAUGUACCAAAAGAUGUAUUCAAAAGGUUGGCUGGUGCCAGAGAAUGAUGUCGGCGUAGAAUUAGUAGAAAACUCAACCUAUGCCUUGUUCAUGGAAUCGACAUCUAUUGAAUACACGAAGGAAAGGCACUGCGAUCUACUUCAAGUGGGCGGAUUGUUGGAUUCCAAGAGCUAUGGAAUUGGUAUGAAGAAAGGUUCACCAUAUAGGUUUUAUAUAAACGAUGCUUUGAUAAAGCUUAAAGAAGGCGGUGAAAUUCAAAAGUUGAAAGAUCUGUGGUGGAAAGAGAAACGAGGAGGAGGAAAAUGCGGGGAAAAACAAGACGAAGCGCAGAAACAAUUGGGAAUGAAGAAUAUGCUGGGAGCUUUCGUAGUUCUUGGGGUUGGGUGCUGCAUCGGUCUCGUUAUAUCUACUCUGGACAUGCUCUGGGGAGUUUUCAAACGUUCUGUCAAAUACAAUACAACUUUCAAGUACGAAUUAAUAGAAGAGUUGAAGUUUGCUCUUAAAUUCAGCGGGGACAUAAAACCUGUGAAGCGACCACCGAAAUCUAACGACAGUUCUGAAGCCCUAGCGGAACUCGAAGGGAAAGAUGAAGUGAAGUCUCUGAGGUCUUUUAGAUCUGGUCGUUCUACGGAUACCAGAAAAACUGCUCACUCGCAUAGCUCCAAACAUUCGUCUGGUGGUCUAAGUGUUGCCUUUGCGAGACGACGAGAAUAUCUUUAG